AUGGACAAGUCUGAGAAGAUCAUCGACGAUGAGGUCGGCCGGCUUAGCGAGAAUAUCCAGGAUUCCAACUUGUUUCUUGAUCCACAAAGUGAAAAGAAACUUGUUCGGAAGUUGGAUAUUUGGAUUGCGCCGGUUAUGACCAUCAUUUUCCUGACAGCCUAUCUCGACCGCGCCAACAUUGGCAAUGCAGCCUCAGCGGGCAUGACGGAGGAUCUUGGCAUGACCAGUGGCGAGAUUGGCAAUGCUGUUACCCUCUUUUACGUCACCUACGUGGCCGCCGAGGUCCCCUGCUCCCUCGUCCUCAAGAAAUUCCACCCUUCUCGCAUGAUCCCUCUCCUCAUCUUCUGCUGGUCUUGCGUCCUCAUCGGCACGGGCUUCAUGCACAAUGUUGGCCAACUCUACGCCUCGCGCCUCCUCCUUGGUCUCUUCGAGUCGGGCAUGUUCCCCUGUCUGGCACUGUACCUCUCGACCUUUUACUCUCCCGGCGAACAAGCUCUGCGCAUCUCAUACCUCUUCGUCUCCGCCGCACUGAGUGGAUCCUUUGGCGGUCUCUUCGCCUACGCACUUCUCAAGAUGGACGGUGUCGGUGGUCUCGAGGGUUGGCGCUGGCUGUUUAUCAUCGAGGGCUGUGCAUCGGUCCUCGUGGCGGCAUUUACAUACAUGAUGCUCCCCGACGACUUUGAGCACGCUCGGUUCCUCAACGAGGACGAAAAGUCGAUGAUGCGGGUGCGCGCCGAGAUUAAUGCGCGAUACAACGGCAAGCCGGACUUUGAUUGGGAAGAGGUCAUGCGCGCUGUCAGGGAUCCGAAGCUCUACAUUUCGUGCUGGUCUCAGUUCAUGGCGGAUAUCUGCUCGUUUGGCCUGAGCUCUUUCUUGCCGCUCAUCAUUCGUAGCUUUGGAUACGGAGUUGUUACGACACAGUUGUUGACGAUUCCUGUCUUCUUCUGGGCUAGCGCGGCAUACAUUGUGGUUUCGUACCUCAGUGACAGGUGGAAGCAGAGGGCGUUGUUCAUGAUGCCCGCGGCCUUGGUCACGGCUGUCGGCUAUGCUGUCAACAUUGGUGUGCCCAUGGAUCAAAGGGGUGUGCUGUACUUUUCGACAUUUCUCAUUGCGCCUGGUGUGUACAUGAUCGUGGGAUUGAACUGCGCAUGGUUGUUGAACAGUCAUGCGCCGUACUACAAGCGUGCCAUGGCUAUUGGUAUGAAUCAGUCCAUUGGCAACACCGCCGGUAUUGUGGUUGGUCAAAUCUUCCGCACGAAGCAGGACGGAAAAUACCUCAUGGGUCUCAGCGGUUCUCUCGCUGCCGCCUUGCUGGCAGUCCUCGGCCAUAUCUCACUCUACAUCUACCUUCGACGCGAGAACAAACGGCGCCAGAAUCUUACGGAGAGGCAACGAGAGGCCGAGAUUACCGCUGGCAAGAGUGGCGAUUUCCACCCUGAUUAUCGCUACGCGCUGUAG